AUGGCACCUAAUAUCGGGCACUCUAUCCGUCUAAUGUUAUCAUCUAGUCUACGCGGCGAUGGUGAGGCAAUGCUACUUACCCAAGAUGACGACCAUUACGAGCACGACGCUGAAGAUGAUAUCGACCCAGGCGCUAAUAACGAGCUGCGGAAACACGUCGACGAUUUUGCAGCUGCCCUCAAAAAGAAGCAGCCAAUGACUGAGAUUGAUAAAAUCUUCAAUGAGAAAUUAUCGGAGAUGGUUUACGGCUCAAAUAUGAUCGAAACGGUCGGCAGUAGCUUUGACGUCACAAUCAAGCUUUGCCACGACAUUUUUGCAGGGGGAAUAGACGCAGAUGAUGCCGAGAUCAGUGAUCGUGACCCAACCUACCAAGCUAUCCGAAGGGAACUCAUCGAGAAGAACAAGCCUAGUCGGCAUGAAGACGUGCUCCGAACCCGACGCGAGAUUGUAUAUGAAUAUCUCUGCAGAAGGAUUCUCCGCUGA